AUGAGUGUCGUGGCACUGUCAACAAGCACUUCGGAGCUUAUCUCGUUCACAGACGCCGCUUUAUAUGCACAGGCUGCAGUGACCUGCCUUUUAACCUAUGAUGCUAUCCUGGGCUUUGCUGAUGAAGGACGACUUAUGUGGUCCAAACCUCUCAAUUCAGGGAAAAUAUUGUAUUUUCCUCUUCACCGCGUCAGCAAGGAUGACGGUUGUAUCAGUGUCGCUCUCUACAACUUCCACAACUGCAACCUAGCGGUCCGAGUCCCUUGGAUUUCGAGUGUCAUCAUAACGAUGCUCACAGAAGUCACUCUCCAACUUCGACUCUAUGCACUAUACAGGGCCAGAAAGUCUAUAACUAUUGUUCUUGGGGUCUCCUUGAUGGCGACCAUAGCAUCAAUGUUCGGUGUUGGUGUUGCCAUUAUGGUCAAUGAAGCUGGUACCUUGCUUGAAGAUAUAAACACGGGCAUGCUCCGAUGCGUCGCAUUUGAUUCCACUAACGACCAUAUCGGGUUUUGGAUUCCUGCACUUGUAAAUGAAACCUUCCUAUUCGGACUUGCGACAUACAAAGGCAAAGAGGUUUUCCGAGAGAAGAGGGAGCUUGGUAUUAUUAACCAGCUCAAGCUGUUCCUCAUCACGGGUUCUGUCAUUUAUUUCUUUGUAGUUUUUGCCGCACUUCUCUUUACCGAGGUGCUGUGGCUGGCUGGUGGGUCUCAUGAGCCAGCGCCUUCUUUUGGGUUUGCGCAACAGAUACAGAAGAGCACAGUCUAG